AACGGCAGUGGCAUAAAUGUAAUUUAAUAGUUGGACCAUGGACAUCCAUGUAAUACCACAAACGCAAAUCGAUGACGGCCGUGCCUCAGUCAGCGUUCUUGAUUCUGUAGUCUCGUCUCCAAACAACCCCCUCAUUCACCUGCGGUUCGGCGGGAGAAUGGAAUUCGCCGACGAGCAUACCGCCGGAGCCACCACCUCCAACUCCGACCGCCAUAAGCCCUCCGACACCAGAUACGGCGUUGACCUCUCAUCCUCUGAUAACGAUACCGAAGAUGCACAUCCUGUUUUCUCUAACGUGCCUGCUUCACUUGCACCACCAGUUUCUCCGAUCCUUCCUCUGCAAAGUAAAUGUAAUGUAGUAAUUCAGGCUGAUAUGGAUGAUAAAUUGGAGACCAUACAAAAUAUAUGUCAGAAAAUUGUGGACACCACGAACUUAUACUCAUUUUCUAAAUUGGAUGAUCAUCAAGUAUAUUCCCUUAUGAGGCUGAGGGAAAUUUCUCAUCGGGUUAUUAAUGACCGAGAUUCAAGGGUGACAAAAAAUGAUGUGAUUAGUGCUAUGUGCUUUUACAUCAACAGGAUGGCAGGUAAGUGCAAGGAUAUUGUUGACAUUUUGAAUAGGAUAUCAUAUAAAGACCUAGACAGCCAGCAAGUGCAACAGCUAUUGAGAUUGAAAGAGCUUCUAUGUGGGAUUGUUGAUGGAGCUAAAGAUGUGGAGAUUGAACCUUCCCAUAUUGUUGAACAGGGAAUUGCAAAUGAUAUGUGGACAACAGAGAGUCUAGAGGUCGAGCCAAUUGACUCCAGCAAUGAUGAUGUACUUCUUGGAGACGCACAAAUUAUAAUGGUUGAAGUUGAACAGGCAGUGGCUGAGUCUAGGCUCGAGAAUGAAUAUUGUGACCUGUCACAUGUUAAGCACACUGUUAGUUGGCCACCACAUGGUUGCUUAACCUUAGAGUGGGUUGUAGAGAUGAUGAAAACACUGGAACAGUCUUCACGAAAUUACUCGCCUGCAGAGUUUCAACUUGUCAUGCCAGUUUCUGUGGUAGAUGAAAUACUAGAUAUGGCUGCAAGCAUCCUUCACAAGGAACCAAACUGUGUGGAAAUUGACUGCCACGGAGAAGUUUCAAAAGUUGUUAUAGUUGGGGACAUUCAUGGUCAUUAUCACGACUUACUUCACCUCUUUGAACUUGCUAACUUACCAUCUAAGAGCCAAUAUUAUGUUUUUAACGGCAAUUAUGUGGACAGAGGAGCAUGGGGACUGGAGGUGCUUUUGGUCUUAUUGGUGUGGAAGAUCUUAAUGCCUGAUAGAGUAUGUCUACUCCGUGGAAAUCAUGAAACCAGAAUCUGUACAUCAUCCUACGGUUUUGAGAAAGAAGUAAGGACAAAAUAUGGCGAGCAAGGUGAAAAUGUAUAUCACAGGUGCUUGGAAACAUUUAAGGAACUUCCUUUGGCUGCAAUUAUUGCUGGAAAAGCAUAUACAACCCAUGGAGGUUUAUUUCGUAAGCCAUGCAAUCCUGAUGUGCAGAAUUACGAGGAAAGGAAGACACGCGAGCUGGAGAUUGGAUCCUUAGAAGACUUAUCCAAGCUCGAAAGGUUUUUUGUUGAUGUUCCAACUAAAGAUGAAGAUCCAAAUAUAAUUUUGGCAGAUGUAUUAUGGUCGGAUCCUUCUAAAGUCGAUGGUUUAAGGAAAAACCAAGCCAGAGGAGCAGGUUUAUUGUGGGGUCCUGAUGUGACUGAAGCAUUCUUAAAGCUGUCUAAUUUAAAGUUGAUCAUUAGAUCACAUGAAGGUCCAGAUUCAAGGGACGGCAAAAUUGAUUUUGAUGAUAUGAUAAUGGGUUAUAGCUCAGAUCAUGACAGAGGAUCAGGGAAAUUAUAUACUCUAUUUAGCGCUCCGGGUUUCCCACAGUUUGGUCGCAAGAGCUACAAUAACGAGGGAGCAUAUGCUACUUUGAAGCAUCCGGAUUUUGAGAUUCCAACGUUCCACACAUUUAAAGCUGUAGAUAAACCAAAGAUAGACGUUUGCUAUUUUGGCUGUGAAGGACAUGAUGUAGAUUUAGACUUGACAUUAAUGGCUGAUGCCGUCUCUUCUAAAAACUCUAGUCCUAUUGAGGUUCAUUCUGGGGUUGAUUUUGAGGCAUUGGGCAUAUUAAACCCACCCUCUUGGAGCGUUACAAUGACAGAUGAUGUUACAGGUACCCAGAGUGUCAAGAUUCCGAAGGCCCCCGUGGUAGAAGGGUUGCCUUUGCCACCAAGCAUCGAGGAACCUCAUAAGGCUGCGUAUGAGUACUUCCUGGAGCUCAUUGCAGGACUGAAGUUCAUGCUUCAAACAACGGAAAAUAAGGACAAGUUACCCAUUCCUCAUCGUAAGAGGAAGAAAUGCAGUUAGACAUACGAAGAAAUUGAAGUUUUGUCAUUCAGAAAAAUCUGGUUGGGGUGCCCAAAGGGAAAUAUCUCUGCUCUGUAUAGCAGAGCGAAUGAAUUGACAUAGAGUGGUGAUUUUAAUAAAGAGUUGAGGCUUGGGUUUUUAAUCCUCUCCGCUCUCGUUUCUUAGCUCAGCUUUUUAGAGAUCUUCCUUCUUGAAAUGUCGAAGGACAAUGUGGCGAAGAUCGUGAUGAGAUGUGUAUUGUCUGAGCCUAAUGAUCAAUCCAAUUCUUGAUUCUUUCUAAUA